AUGUUGGGUGAUAAUAAAAGAGGUUGGGAUUCAAAGUUGAUAUUAGCAGUAUGGGCUAAUAGAGUGACAGUCAAGAAGUCCAUAGGUUUUUCUCCAUAUGAGCUUGUAUAUGGCAAAGAAGCAAGAUUACCCUUGAGUAAUUUGAUCCCAGUUUAUAAAUUUGUGACAGAAAAGUCUUCAGAAGAGGUGAACUUUAUGGAGGACAGAUUUAUGGCAUUGGCCGAGUUGGAUGAAUGUAGAAGAGAGGAUCAUGAUAGAAACAUUCAGAGGCAACAGAUGGUUAAGGCUUUACAUGAUAAAAGGGCUUGUGACAAAAAAAUUGAGGAGGGAGAAUGGGUACUUCGAUGGAAUGCCAAAGACCAAGACAAAGGAAAACAUGGAAAAUUUGAUGCACUCUGGCUAGGACCUUAUAUCAUCUUUGAAAAAAGUGGAGAAAGAUCAUAUUACUUGUAG